UGAAUAUUAGAAAAUAUACGUUACAUCUCAAAGCAAAAGAAUUUAACUAAGUUCAAAUUAAAAUUAUUUCGUUAUAUAUCACCUCUGUAAAUGUUAUCAUCUGUAAUUAAUUAUGUCUGGAUGUUUUAUUUUAUAACAAUGCGUUUUAUGGCGGUUUCUCGUGAUUUGUUAAAGAAUGUAGAUUUCCAGUACUAAAAUAAAUACGAAAUAGUGAAAAUAAGCUAUUUUUAAACGCGGUUACUAUCCUACAAAUCAAUAUAUUAUGUAAUUAAUUAUUUAAUCAAAUUUAAAAAGAUAGAAUGAGUCGUAACAAAUUUUCUAAUUAAACGUGAAUUUAAAGUCUUAAAUUAGAAACGUUUCAAUCACAUGACCCAUUAACCAAUUAAAGAGAUUAUUAAUCUUCGACCUACACCACUCCAGAAAAAAAGAAAAUGACCACAUUCUUGUUUUUAUAUUUUUGGGUUGACUUCAUAUUCUUCCUCGACUUCGGGCAGUAAAGAUAUAAUGGGUGACUACAACACGAAAAAGAUUGUUUUUGUUAUUCUUUCAGCUUUAAUAACUAUUCAAUUAGUAACUUGUAAAGCCACCCCUUUAUCUGAAGACCUCCUGGAAGUGAAUAACAAUCAAGAUCAGGAACAAGCUCAAUUUUCAGAACAACAAAAGAGAUUUAAAGAAAAAUGUGUUAGAGCAUACGGAAAUGAGGAUGCUUUCUCCGACAUGCAAGAAGUGAGACUUUAUCUCUCCGAAUGCGUAUCAGAUAUCUUUUACAACGCUUCCGUUCUUGGAAACGAACUUAUUACGGCCUACGAAAAUGGAUCGUUAAAACAAGUUUUAAUGAAAUAUUGCGACAUGAAAGAAGAUUUUGUCCGGUGUUUUUCGCCGUUCAUGAAAAAUUUAGAGAAAUGUAUGGAAAAUGAAGAUGAAAUAAAAUUCGUUCGAGUCGGUAUGAGGUUCAUAAAAUCUGUUACCGGUCAUGUUUGUUAUCAUAACGGUCAAAGAACUAGAGAUUUAAUUGAAAACGGGGGCUUUCAAUGUAUUGAUGAAAAAACCACCGAUGUUUUGGGUUGUUUUCAUUCCACGAAAAGUUUAAAAACCAUGUUCCAAUCCGUUUACGAUAACGCUUUUGUAUUCGAAGAGCAAAAAUGCAUGGAUGUUAUAAAUUACGAAAAAUGCGUCAUUGAUAAGUUAAAGGAUUGUAAUUCAACAUCAGCGAUUGAUUUCCAUAAUAAUUUAUUUAAAGCCAUUAAAAGAGUUUUACCAUGUGAUUUUUCAAAAUCAUCUAAUUUGAUGUAAAUUUCUUUUCUUGCUUUUCUUAUUCUUUUCAUUUGGUUGCAAUUAGUAUUAAAGUUGUGUUAUUGAUUCCA